AUGAGAACCCCAAAUCGAGUUCUGACUACACACGAACUUGCUACACACAACUCUUCCAAGUUUGGGGCUAGGCCCUGCUCUGGAAAACACCAACAGUGCCGCUCAGAGUCACAAUGGUGUGUACCUGAAGUUACCAACUCCGGGAGCAAAAGAGGGCCUGUGCGAGAUCAGGGCAGUUUAAAUGGCUCGGCCCUCCUCCCGCGACCCUUCCAGGGCACCUCGCGCUCGGCCAUCCGGUCCCGGCCCCAUUCGGCAUCUCAUCCCCUGGACGCCACCCCCGGUCCUGGCGACCGCGCAGAUUCUAUGGUCCCGCUCCGAGAGCCCCGACCGGCCUGGCCCGCAGGCCCCGCCGCCCAGGCCUCGCGGAGCCCCGGCCUCGCACAGCCGCGGGCCCCGGGCAACAAAGGCGGCGGCGGGCCGGGCGUGGAGCCGAGGGUCGGGGCGCCGGCCUGGGCCUCACCCUCACCUCCCUACCCUGGGCCACACGCGACCCCACGCCUCCCCACCCCCGCCCCCCGCCCGGCCAUCCCGCUCACCCUGCAGCCGCGGGCUCUGCUUCCUCCGGGCGGCGGCGCGACUGCCGCGCUCGACCCUCCUCCUACAGCCGCUCCUCCUUCCUCCUCUUCCUCCUCCCCGAAGGGAGGGCGCGCGGCCGCGGCCCAGGCGGGAGCGGAGCCGCCGCGAAGGAGCCCCGGCCGCCGGCGCCCUCAGCACAGUCCAGUAGGCGGGGCGUCGCGUGGGGAGGGGGUCCAGGUGGGCGGGGCCCGCGGUCGCGAGCGGCUCCGCCCCUUUCCCCCGCGGGCUCUUGAGCAGCUGCAACCAGGGCAGUUCUCAGACAUCAGAUGCUCUGGGUUCCUGGUCCUCUCCCUGCACAGCUGA